AUGUCAAAAAGUGCGGAGGAUGCAACAAUGAUAAUCGAUCGCAUGGCACUCAAUGAUCUCCAAACUCAACAUGAUAGGAGUCCAUCACAAAGGAAGCCGGGAGUUCUUGAAUUAAACACCAAUGAUGCUAUCCUCGCUCAAAACAAAAUCCUUUCUCAACAAGUCGAGUUACUCACCAAGCAAAUGUCAAAGCUCCCACAACAAAUGAAGGAGAUUCAUGAAAUGCAAAUGACUUCUCAAGUAGCAAGUUGUGAACUUUGCAAAGGUGAUCACCCUACCGGCUUUUGUCCACCACCCGAAGGAGAGGAAGUUAAUUUUGUGAACAACCAACAUCAAGGCUAUCAAAGGCAACCUCCGUACCAACAUCAAGGUUAUCAAAGGAACAACCAAGGUUUCCAACCCUCAAGAUUCAACAACCAACACAAUCAACAUCAAAGUCCAUAUCAAAGUCCGAAUCCACAAGGCCAAGGUCAACAAUCUCAAGGAGGAGGCUCAAAGUUGGAAGAUACACUCAACCAAUUCAUGCAAGUUUCUAUGGAGAACCAAAAGACUAAUGUGGCUGCCAUAAAGAACUUAGAAAAUCAAGUGGGGCAGCUUGCAAAACAAUUGGCCGAACAACAAACGGGACCUUCUUUUUCCGCAAACACUCAACCUAACCCAAAGGAGUAUUGCAAGGCAAUUAUUACACGGAGUGGCAAGGAAGUGAGUAAUGGGGAGAGAAAGGAAAUAGUAGUGGAGGAUGAUGGAUUUGUUGUUGUUGAGGGUGAGGAGGAUGAGAUAGUGGUAGAAGAAGAAAAAAGAAAAGAAGAGGAGGAGGACAUUCUCACCAAGAAGAGGCGGUAUCCGGAAAAUGAAACAGUCUUGCUAGAUGCCCAAUGUAGUGCUAUCAUCCAAAGAAAUCUCCCAAGGAAGGAAUCCGAUCCGGGACGAGUCAUCUUGCCGGUUACCAUUGGAGACACUUACAUCGGGAAUGGUCUCAUUGAUUUAGGAUCGAGCAUAAAUCUAAUUCCCUUAUCUAUCAUAAAAAGAUUGGGGAAUGUCGAGAUGAAACCUACCCGUAUGACAUUGCAACUAGCGGAUAAGUCGACAACUUCACCUUACGGAGUUGCUCAAGACAUGUUGGUCAAAGUUGAUAAAUUCUUAUUUCCGGUAGAUUUUGUGGUGGUAGAUAUGGAAGAAGAUAGAGAUGUUCCAUUAAUUCUUGGAAGGCCUUUCAUGAAAACAGCCCGGAUGAUGAUAGACAUUGAUGAUGGACUCAUGAAAGUGAGAGUGGACAAUGAGGAAGUCACUUUUAAUCUCUUCGAAGCCAUGAAACACCCCAAGGACAAGCACGAUGUCUUUCGCAUUGAUGCAAUUGAAGAGGAAGUUGUGGAAGUGUGUAAUCAUAUUCAUACUUCUAAUCCGUUGGAGAAAACUCUCAUCGGAGCUUACAACAAUUCCCUUGAAGAUGAAGAAAAAGAAAUUGAAGUCAUCUUGGAAAAGUUGGAGUCUUGUGGAGAAAUUAAGCAAAAAGAGGAAAAGGUCGAGGAACUCGAUGUGAAUAGGAAAGAUGAAGAACCGAAGGUUGAACUAAAG